AUGUCGAAAGCUUAUGACAGAGUGGAGUGGGGAUAUUUGGAAGCAAUCAUGGAAAAAAUGGGAUUUUGUAGUACAUGGAUCAAUUGGAUAAUGGAGUGUGUUUCGACAGUUUCUUUUUCUUUCAACAUCAAUGGGGAACCUAAAGGCUAUGUGAUACCCUCCAGAGGAAUUAGACAAGGUGAUCCACUAUCACCUUACCUAUUCCUGCUCAUUUCAGAAGGUUUUUUGAACUUGCUGGCCCAAGCAGAGAGGAACAAAAGACUGACUGGGAUGAAAAUCAGCAGACAUGGACCGUCAAUAACUCACCUUUUCUUUGCAGACGAUUCUUUGAUCUUUUGCAAAGCGGACAAAACUCAAGCUGAAGCAGUGAUGGGAAUAUUAAAGACGUAUGGAAGAGGAUCAGGCUAG